UAUAUUUAUCCAAUUAUUUAUUUCUAUAGUGGAUUACAAGUGUGCCCUGUGCCAUCUACGUGUUCUUCGUAUCUUCUCUAAACCGCUUGGUGUCCUACAUCUCUUCCACCUUCUCGAUCUUCAUCGUCUGCUUCUUUCAUUUGCUUCGACUUCAGGAAGGUGUCGUUUCAUCCUCCCGCUUCCACCUUGGUUUAAUCCUCCACCGGCUUCUGCCUCAAGAAACUUCGGACCACCUUCUCCACCCUUCUAAUUUGUCGGCUCCAGGACGGAAACGAGAGAACGAAGCAAUCAGCAAACGACAGUGGCGGUGGUGUUGUUAUUUAGAGUUAGGAAUGGAAGGGUUCUGUCCCAUACCACCGGUUUGGGUUCCCAAGUAUGGCUUUUUAGCGAGAUGGAUGUCAGCGGCCAUCUUCACCGGUCGUCGAUCCAGAGGUUCAGCUCUAGGUAAAUCAGCUUAUAGUCAGAUUCUUCUACACCGCCACCAUCCCCAAAUCACCCAAAUUUUAUGAGUGUUUCUUCGGCUCCUUCUCUAUGCUCUUCUCUUGCCUACCAAUUGAGUUUUUCUCUUUUCCUAUUUUCCUCAUCUGCAGUUAUAUGAGUGUGAUUUUUUUUAAAAAAAAAUUCGUAGAUUAGGGAGCAAGAAUAGGGGCAGAAGGGAAGGUAUAAGAUGUACACAGAUGCAGGUGUGUCUCUUCUGUUUUCCAUAUCUUAGACACGUGUCCACAAAUGCAAUUGAUACGUGUUCUCCCCCAAUCGAUCUACAAAUGUUUAUGUCAAUUACCUCAUCUACCUAAUCAUUGUUGCUUAAUCCAUCUUCUAUUUGAUGAUAUUUCCACAAGCCCUCGAAUUCCAGAAAAUAUCUACAAAAAAAUCGGGGAACAAUCGACGUGAAAGGAGAAGAGAGAGAGAAGAAAAGAAGGCAUCGACAGAAGUGAAUGGAACUCAAUCCUAUGCAUACAAUUCUUGAUGCAAUUUUUAAAUGAUAGAUUACAACAUCCUCUUUUUUUCAUUAUCUUGAGUUCAAUUUUUCAUUUGAUCUAAAUAUUAGUGCUUUAUUCUUAUUUUUUUUUCCACUUUAGGUCCUGACAGUUAUGGUGAUAAAGAUGGUGCAGAUGGAAUCCUAUGUGUGUUGUCUCAGAUGUGCAACGAACGUUGGUUUCUUCUACAUGAAGCCGAUUUGUUAACCUUAACAACCCCUAAAAGCACAGUUCACAAUUGCAACAUAAUCCGUUUUGGGAUGCAUUUGGAGAGUCAUAUGAAGCAGCAAUUUCUAGAGCAGUCUCGAAUAAGCAAAUAGAACCUCAGCCACGUACCUCCUUACCCUUUCUUUACCUUUAAUAAGUUAUCUUUUCUUUGCAGUCUGCCUCUUCAAUUAGAACACAACUCAAAGGCACCGGUAAUUGUUGAUUUGUUUAACAAACGCACCUGACAUUCUUUGAUUUAUAAUUUACUGUUACUUUGGUUAAGUCAAUGACAAAAAAAAGUUGUUCAAGAAGUUGCCUACAUUUAUUUAUGCUGAAGAAAUGGAUCUGGAGGUAUAAAUUUUAUGAUAUUCCUAUAAAAAUGUAUGAAACAUGGAAGAAGCCUAUGGGACUAAUAUCCAUGUUUGAAGAUGGUUCAAAUUCUUCCAAAGCCACUGGUGUGAGAUUUACUAAUAAAAUUAAACUUCAACUGAGUUCUAAUUCUUGCUUUAGUGUUGCAAAACAAGCUUUCAAAGUUCACCAUUUUGCUGGAGAGAUCCAAUAUGAUGCUACAGGAAACUGUUAUCUAUUCAUAUAUAUGAUGCACAUCAUAACACAAAAGCAUCUAAGGAAGCUACAAUAAUUACACACAUGUGUAUUGGUGAAUGUGCAUUUGGUUUUACCGGCUGGUGCCCAAGGCAAAAGAUUGACUAAAUUUAAGAGUUUUUUGCUGAAAUUUUCAACAAAACAUGUGAUAUUUUAAAUUUCUAUUUCCAGUAGACAAAAUAGCAAAAUAUGCAUGGAUACACUUUGUGUUUAUGAAUAUGUUUAAGUUAAGUAAAAGGACAUGUAUACAAGGAACAUUAAGUGUCGAAUUGUGCAUUGAGGUGCAAUAUCAUGUACAUUAAAGAGCGCAAAAGGGUGUUUACACCCUAAGAAGUAGUCUACUGGGCACUAUUAGUGUAAAUUAAUUUGGACUAUAGACUUACGUUAUGUGUAUAUGUUAUCAAUGUCAAAUAUUAGUGUGGAAUUUUAAGGAUCUGUUUAAACAUAAACUUUAAAUUAUAACGCUUUUGGGACAUUUUUAAUAACAUUUAAAUUGUAAGUUGUUCCUUUUGAGUGUGUCGGUUCUUUUUGUUUUCUUGAUAAACAAGGAUUUUUUUUGGAUCGUUGCUGUUUAUUUCCAUUUUUAGUACCCUUUGGUAAAUUACUAACAUGUUUUAUUGACAUGUUAGGGAAUAAAUGGUUUAAAGAACAGAAAACCCAAAUGUGAUCACACAAUACAUAUAAUCCUUUAGAAGAAACCCAAAAGAUACAAGGGUGAUGAAAGAUUUUUUUUUAAUGGAAUGUAACAUCUGAAUAAGAGUAAAUACCUAUGCUAUUGAAGAAUGUGUAAUUAUUAUUAAAAAUAAAAUAUCUAUUUUAAAAAUAAUAAUCGAGAACAUGCAUCGAAAAAAAAAAAAUCUAAAAAGAAAAGAGUGUGCAAGGCUUAAAGGCUUUGCUUGCAAAUCCCUCCGUCGUCAUGUUGACCCACCACCGACACUACUGACGGAUUCCCCAAGUUGAUUCUUCUCCAAUUCACCUGCAUAUUCAGAUCAAAUCGUUACCAUUGUGAUUCACAAUCGAUCAACCUAUGCCCAAUUUGAGAUAUUACUUUUAGGGCUUAAUUCUGGCUGGUUAAGACGGAUCGAUCUGCAACUUGUUAAGGUAAUGCCGCCGCCAAAAGCUUCGAGAUCGCUCACCUCCUUGUUCGGACUCGGAAAUAGAGAAACUAGGAAAGAUGAGGUGCGUGUGCCUUUGCAUGAGCAGCCUUCGUUGAAGUUAGAGGCUGAUAAGAAAGUAUUUAGGCCAGGUGAUCCUGUUACCAUUACAAUCGAGAUCCGAAAUCCUCCUGGUGAAUGUUCGCUGCUAGUUGAUCGGCUAAGCUUUGAAGCCAAAGGCAUUGAGAAAUUGGACACUCAGUGGUUUAGCACUCACAAACCACUACCCGACUCUAAUCAGAAGAGGAGAGGUGAAUAUGUUUUCUUGGAGUCUUCAGUGCCAUCAGUGAUUUCAAAUCAGAUUCUGUCACCUGGGACUACAAGAACAUAUAUCUUGAGGAUAAAUUUGCCAACAAUCAUCCCUCCAUCAUACAGGGGCUCUACUGUUCGCUAUCUAUAUCAUGUUAAAAGUGAAAUGUCUGGAAAAUAUGUAAAUAUGAAAGAUGGACACCCACAUGGAGAAUCAAUGCAGAAACUCCCUGACAUAGAAGCUCGCUUGCCACUUCAAAUAUGGGUCACUGAGAAAACAAAUGGCUUGUUAAAUGAAGAAACUGGAACAAAUGGGAUUGUUCCUACUACAACUAUUCUCUUGGAUGUUUAUUGGAAAGAUAUGGGUGCUGAAUCUGAAUGGGCUAGAGCUAAUGAAACUUUUGAUGGAGAAGAAGAAGGUUAUGAAAGUCAAAGGGAUGAUAUUUCUUCUGUUUCUUCCUACAAUCCAGCAAUGGGAAGUUUACAGAAAGCAUUUGGAAGCUCAAUGUCAUUACCUUCAUCUGCAGCAAGAUCAAGUAAAGAUGUGUCCUUCAUUGACCAAAGGUCAACCAUGUCUUCAUAUAUGGCAAUACCUCGGCUUUCUGCAGCUGAAGUGCUUUAUGGUUCUAGUGAAGAUAACUUAAAUGCUCCAAAUGAGCAGCUAAAAAUUCCAAAAUCUCCCCCUAUGAAUGAUGAAUUGAGAGUCUCAACUGGCUCAAGAACUCUUGAACCUGUUGCAUCAGAAGGUCUGAUUCGAGGAAGAUCAUACAACAUUAGGCUUGAUGACCAAGUUCUACUAAGAUUCUCACCCACAAAACCUGAAUCAACUUAUUACUUUGGUGAUAUGAUAGGUGGAACUCUUACCUUUUUCCACGAGGAAGAAACCAGAAGAUGUCUUGAGCUUUCAGUAACCUUGGAGUUAUCCGAGACUAUAAGUCGUCGCUCUGCACAUCCUUCUAGAAAAUAUUCCCCAACAAUUACAAAGAUACAAAGUGAUCACCAUGAAGUUGUUGCAGAUUUGGUGCAAACAAGCUUUCAGUUUUCAGUUCCCAUGGAUGGGCCCAUGUCUUUUUCCACUAGACAUGUCUCUGUUCAAUGGGUGCUUCGCUUUGAAUUUUUUACUACUCCAAAGAAUGUUGAUUGGACAAGAUUUGAGCAUCCGCUUCUACUAGAGGGAAGAGACAAAUGUGAAUGGGUUCUUCCGAUAACAGUGCAUGCACCUCCGUUCACUACUUCUGGGUCCCACAGUAGAAUCGAAAAGCCGCCUUCACUAGAACCAAUGUGGGACCGCUCUUGAUGUAACAUAAACAAAGGGGUAGUUGGUAAGAUGGCGUCGUCAAGGGACAAAGAAAUUGUGAUGCGCUUCGUGAAAGAAUUGAUUGUAAAGUUUUAUCUUCUGGGAGUAAUAGACGAUGUUAUUGGCAUAAUGAUUUUUGAUACUUAUUUUCUUUUUUAUUAUUUUAAUUUUAAAUUUCAGCUGUAAACAUUUUGCCAGAGUAUGCCUCAUUUUAUUUGUA